AUGGCUAGCAAGCGUAUCGCCAAGGAACUCACAGAGAUCACCGCUUCCCCUCCCGAGGGCAUGACCAUCGCCCUCGCCCGAGACGCCGACCUGCACACCUGGCAUGUCACCAUCGCCGGUCCCGAAGACAGCCCUUACGCCGGUGGCGUCUUCGCCGUCCUCGUCAGCCUGCCCAAGGAUUACCCCUUCAAAGCCCCCGUCGUCAAGUUCGUCACCCGCGUCUACCACCCCAACAUCACAAACGACGCCGCCGGCAAUAUUUGCAUGGGCAUGCUCAAGCCCGAGAACUGGAAGCCCGCCACCAAGCUCGCCGCCGUCCUUGAGGCCCUCCGCAGCCUCCUCGCCGAGCCCCAGCCCGACGAUCCCCUCGAGGCCCGCAUUGCCGACGAGUAUAAGAACAACCGUCCCGAGUUCGAGAAACAGGCCAAGCAGUACGUCACCCGCUACGCUAAGGGCACUCCAAACUUCUCCGCCCCCGAGCCUGCCGCUGCUGGCGCCAAAUGA